AUGGCAGGUAAGAGAAGAAAGUCCUCCACCCCGGGGGUGAGUAUCCGACAGCUUGUGGAGAAGGUUCCAGAAGGCUGCAGCAUGCCUGGUUUUGAGCAGAAGCCUGUCCCCUUGGCCCUGCAGGAGGGGAAGAAUGCCACCUUCCGGGCUGUGGUCUGUGGGGACUCCAGGCCCCAGGUGCACUGGCAGAGCACCAAGGGGGACCUCAGAGACUCCAGCAAGUACCAGAUCUCCUCGGCACCUGGUAGCAAGGAGCAUGUGCUUCAGAUCCAAAAGCUGACAGGUGAGGACGCAGACCUGUACCGCUGCACAGCAAUAAACGUCUAUGGGGAGGCUGUGUGCUGUGCCAGGCUCACCGUCAUCGAAGUUGGCUUCCGGAAGAAUCAGAAGAGGCACAAGGAGCCCCAGGAGGAUCUCAGGAAGGAGCUGGCAGGCUUCCGGAACCUGCUGAAAAAGAGGAUCCCCCCUCCCACCCCGGAGAAAAAGGUGGACUCGGAUCAGGUGUGGCAGCUGCUGAUGGCAGCAGACCGGAAGGACUACGAGCAGAUCUGCUGGAAAUACGGCAUUGUGGACUUUCGGGGGCUGCUGCGCAAGCUGAGGGAGAUGAGCCAGGAGCAGGAAGACAGGAUGGCGCAGUAUGUCAGCACCAUCUCCAACACAAGACACAUCAGGGUCACCAAGGAGGGAGUCGCCACCUUUGACCUGGAGCUGGAACUCAAGGACCCUGAGAGCAAGAUUUACCUGUAUAAGGACGGGGAGAUGAUCCCUUAUGGCCAUGACAACCAGACCCGGCACUGCCUUCGGAGGCUGGGCAGAUGCUGCCUCUUCCGCAUCCAGGACCUUCGGCCUGAGGACGCCGGCACCUACCAGGUCAAGGUGGAGGACGCUGAGGUCUUCUCCACACAGCUGGAGCCUGCAGCCAUCCCCUCGAGAGUGGUGAGCCCUCUGGUUCAGACCUGCUGUGAGGCAGGGGGUGAUGCCAUCUUUGAGUGCACACUCUCCAGCCCCUGCCCCCGUGCUGCCUGGCACUUCCAGCACCGCCCACUCCUGCCCAGUGACAGACACCAAGCGUCCGUGUCCCCCGAUGGCCUGACCCACUGGCUGGUGGUGAGAGGAGCCUGUCUCGCAGACAUGGGCCUCUACUCGCUGGGCACUGGGCUGCAUACCUCCAGCGCCUGGCUGGUGGUGGAAGGUGCUGACCGCCAGCAGCUGCCACCAAGAGCUGAAGCCUCAGGAACAGAAGAUCCCAGGCGUGUUGGCAGCAAGGGAGGGGACCCUAGACACCAAGGCCCCAAGGGGGUUGCCCUCAAGGAGGUCCAGAUCCCAGCCAGUCCUGACACAGCUGGCUCUGGUGGGCACAGCUACUCCACUUGGAGCCCCAGACAGAUGAAAGAGAGCCUUCUGGAAGCAGAGGGAGGCAGAGUUGCUCCUUGUGGGGACAGUCUGCUCCACAGAGAGGGAAGUGGGGACAGAUGGGGACCCAGCCUGCAGGAAGGGUGCCUGGGGUCACAGUUGAGUCUCGUGGAAGGUCAGCAACAAGGUCACAGCAGAGAUGGUGGUGGAAACAGGUGCUGGGAGCCCAGAGGACACAGGGAGGCUGUGUGGGGGCCCCUUCAGGCUUCAGUGGAGUGGAAGGGACACAGAGAUGAUGAGAGUCAGCUCAGGCAGUGCCAAGAGCCACCCUGGGGUACCGGGGCAGGGCCUGAGGCAGGAAAGAUGGCACAGGAUGGUCCUGUGGGGGGCUGGGGUAAGGAUGAGGGAGGAGGGGAUCCGAUCAGAGACAGGGUGUGCAGAGCACCAAGGGAAGAGUGGUGUGGUGGGACGGGCCUGGGGGCAACUGGGGACAGCAAGGGGUCAGGGGGGCCUGGUGCCUCGGAGCCUCCUUCAGGAAGCCAUUCUGACUCCAAGGCCACUCUCCUGGGGACUUCUACUACCCCAGCCAUCCUCUCAGCCUCCAUCCAGGGCAUCAUGCCGACAUGGAUGGCACCUCAGGGCCCUGGCAGCACCCACGUCCUGGGCUACCUGAUCAAGAAACACCAGCUGGGCAGUGGCAACUGGACAGCAGUGAACAAGAAGCCCAUGCCCGACUGGUUUGCAGCAAGCCAGGGUUUAAACCAGGUGGUUUAUUCCAAAGUCCGGGACUCUUUGCUGCUUCUUAAGUGUGGCCUAGGGAGGUCCCAUGCCACUGAGUUUAUGGAGUUCAUGUUCAGAACAGAAGAUACCCUGCCUUUGUGUUCUCAAAAGAUGGAUUGUCUUCCCCCAAGGGGCUUUAACUGUUGGAAGCAGUUGACCUGCUUUUUGACCCAAGUUGACAAUGGCCCACCAGACCCAGACAGUCAUUACAACAAUCAAGGAUACAUGUACAGUGAAAAGCACACAGCACUCAUAUUCCCUGAAUUUCAUCCUUCAUCUGUCCCUAACUUGGAUGGGUUCAGGUACAUCACUUCCUGUCUCAAACAGGAAGUGGUUAUUUUAUCUGCAAAACUAGAAUUGGAUUUCUCUCCCCCUCACACACUGGCUCUCUCUCUAAGGGCAUCUUUCUCUCUCUCAGUACUCACUCCCUCCUGCUGGUGUCACCCCUCAGGAUUAGCCCCCAGCUCUCUCUACAGUUCCUCCACCCCACCUCAAGACCUGCUUCCGUGUCCAGUCUGUCCCAAGUUCCUCAUGAGCCCCACCACAAAGGACACCUUGACAGUCAGAGCUGGGGACACGGUUCGAGUGCCUGUCCCCUUUGAAGCCACCCCCAUGCCUGAGGUGACUUGGCUGAAGGAUGAUUUGCCCUUGCCUGAAAGAAGUGUCACCUCCACCACUGAUGGCCUGACCCAGCUCCUGCUCCCCGCGGCCAGCCUCUUGGACAGCGGCCUCUACAACGUGGUGCUGAGGAGCCCACAGGGUCGGGAGGCCACCCACUCCUUCCUCCUCAGGGUGGCAGGUCCUGCAGCAUGUCCCCAGGCACCAGGACCCAUCCUUCUGAAGGAGGACAUGCCUGGGUCAGUGACACUCCAGUGGGAUCCCUCCCCGGAUGAGGCCAGAAAUGCCUCGCUGCACUACGAGGUGCUGACCCGCUCCUCAGCUUUUGGGGCCUGGCGCCAAGUGGCUGCUCACAUCCACUCCACCUGCUUUAUGCUCCCGGGCGUGCUCCCGGGCCACGAGUACCACUUCCGGGUGGUGGCCAGGAAUGAGCUGGGGGCCAGUGCACCCUCAGACACCAGCCGGCCCUGGUUCAUCCCCAAACAGCGAGAUAAGUCCACAGCAAAGGCCAAGAGCCCCAAGGAGCCGGACCCGCGGCAGGAGCCCCGCUUCCUGGUGGGGCUGAAGGCCCACCUGCUGCCCCAAGGCUGUGCCUGCUGCAUGAGCUGUGCCGUCAGGGGGUGCCCACGGCCCCGCGUUACCUGGUUCCGGAACGGCCAGAGCCUGGAGGGGGACUCUACAGUGUAUAGCACCAACGUCCUGGGUGUGUGCUCUCUGGUCAUCCCCAGUGUCUCCGCCAAGGACAGUGGCCAGUACCAGGUGGUGGCCGAGAACACUCUGGGUCAGGCGGUCAGCACGGGCACCCUCAUCGUUACAGGGCUCUGUUGCCUGCAUGACUCCAGCCCUUGUGGAAGACUCUUUUUCUAUUUUGGGUAGAAGGUGAGAGACAGAGAUGAGAGGACAGACACCGCAGUGCUGCUCUGUACUCAUGAACAGUCCUCAAACUGGGGUCCUUGUGCUGGAUAAAGUGUGAACUCUACUGGGUGGGCCAUGCCCCAUCCCCACAUUAGUUCAUCUUAUUUUGGAUGCAUUCCUUAGCAAGUUACAAACAUGAGUGCCCCUAAAAACCUGCAGCAAAGUACAGCAGGUUUUUCUCUAUUUGGCCACUGGAGGGCACCCAAGUGCUGCAAACCACUUUAGAAAGCGUUAAUGUGUCUCCAGGACUGACCAACCUUCCCAAGAGUUUGAGUAAAGUGUAAAUGGUAUCAGUUUAGAUAAGAGAUUUAACCAGAUAUAGAUCAAGAAGACUGGAUAUUUUUGUCUUCACUUGCAGAACCUGUGCCCUUCUUUUACAGCUGUAAAAAAAAAAAAAAAAAAAAAAGAAAAUAGACUUUUCCCUUCAAAUGACUUCAAGUGAAGAGUGAGAGAAGCCUGCAGCAAGGCUCCAUAACUCAUGAAGCUUCCUCCCUACAGGCUUGGACCUGGGUCCCCAGGAAUGUUAGUGUGUAUGUUCUACCAGAUAUGCCACUGCUCAAACCCCGACUAACUAUAUCCUUUUUUAUUUUUAUAAAAAAAGGAAAUUUUAUUAUAUUUUAAGAUGUUUUUAUUGUUCAUAAUUUAUCAGAUACAGAAAUUGAUUUAGGAGGUAAAAUCACAAGGUAAAGCCACUGCUGAUGUGGAAAUAUGUGUAAUACAAAUAAUUAUAAAUCUAUAUGAAAUUUUUUGCAUACUAAAUUUACCUGUUGGGCUGAGUAUACAGGUAAGAACCCACCUCAAAUUCCCUCCACAUUUUGACACCAACAUCUUUUGCCUGAUAUUUUGUGCCAUGAAUUAAUUUGCUUUCAUAUAUACUGUGUUUCAAUGCACUAAUCCUUUUGCAUCUGACAUGUUGUGUGAAAUCCAUUUGUAUCAUUGUUCUUGAUAAUCUGACCCAUGUCACUAAUAUUACUUAAUAAACUGCACUCUUAGUACAGAGAUUUGGAAGUUGUC